AGUGCGGUUCAUUUUAAAGGGCGGGAGUCAGCCCAGUGUGAGUUUACAUAGACAGUGCGUGUACGUCUGGCUUCAUCCUCCAAGUUCAGCAUUGAAAUGGCGGAGACCACAGACAGAAUGGAGGUUUCACAGGGAGAGAGUUCGGCGAAGCCUUCUGCCGAAGACAUGACUUCCAAGGACUACUACUUCGACUCCUACGCCCACUUUGGUAUCCACGAGGAGAUGCUGAAAGAUGAGGUGCGAACUCUUACCUACAGGAACUCGAUGUUCCACAAUAAGCACUUGUUCAAGGAUAAGGUGGUGUUGGACGUAGGCAGCGGGACAGGCAUCCUCUGCAUGUUUGCUGCUAAGGCAGGAGCCAAGAUGGUCAUUGGGAUUGAAUGCAGCAGCAUAUGUGACUAUGCCGUGAAGAUUGUGAAGGCAAAUAAGCUUGACCAUGUUGUGACGAUCAUCAAAGGCAAAGUGGAGGAGGUGGAACUCCCUGUGGACAAAGUAGACAUAAUCAUCUCUGAGUGGAUGGGAUACUGCCUCUUCUAUGAGUCCAUGCUGAACACGGUCAUCUAUGCCCGUGACAAGUGGCUGAAACCAGAUGGACUGAUCUUUCCUGACAGAGCCACCCUGUAUGUCACAGCCAUCGAAGACAGGCAGUACAAGGAUUACAAAAUCCACUCCUCUAAAUUUUCAGGGUGGGAGAAUGUCUAUGGCUUUGAUAUGUCCUGCAUCAAGGAGGUGGCCAUCAAAGAGCCUUUAGUGGAUGUGGUGGACCCCAAACAGCUGGUCAGCAGUUCGUGUCUCAUCAAGGAGGUGGACAUCUACACGGUGAAGGCUGAAGACCUGAGCUUCACUUCACCCUUCUGCCUGCAGGUCAAGCGUAACGACUACAUCCACGCCCUGGUCACCUAUUUCAACAUCGAGUUCACGCGGUGCCACAAGCGCACCGGUUUCUCCACCAGUCCAGAGUCUCCGUACACCCACUGGAAGCAAACUGUGUUUUAUUUGGAUGACUACUUGACAGUGAAGACUGGAGAAGAGAUAUUUGGCACCAUCAACAUGAAACCCAAUGUCAAGAACAACCGAGACCUGGACUUCACUGUAGACAUCGACUUCAAAGGUCAACUCUGUGAGGUGUCCAAGACAUCGGAGUACAGAAUGCGCUAAUUCCCUCUCCCAACCCCCCUGUGUGUGUGUCUGUUAGGGGUAAUUUGAGGGAUGCGUUGGUGUGUGGGUGUGUGUAACUGACCUCAUCCUCGGCCUGUGCUGUGAUGCGUACUUGUAAGCAACAUUUUUAACUUUCUGUCUUGCUUUGUGUAAUUCGUUCAAACUAUAGGCUUUUUAUACAUUUGUUUGUAUAGACGAUGGCGCCAGAGGGGACUUUGUCGUGCAAUAGUCAGUCAGUCAACAUGUUGAUUUUACUGGUCCUAGCAUCGGUCUUUUCACCACACACUCACACACAUACACACCCCUCUCUUGCCUGUACAUAAUGUUCCAAGUUCAGUCACUUUGAUUUCCAUUGUGAAUGUGUAGUCAUGGUAACAUUCAGCAUCCUGUGCUGUUUAUUUUUCCCCUCCCUUUUUUAUGGUUUGAAAGAGAUGCCUCCUGUGACGCUCGUUAUCCCCCCUUUUAGCUAAUCAGCAUGUCUGCGUUUGUUACAAGGGGGAAAAUACAAGUUAGCCAUUGGUGUUUUUUUAUUUUUUAUGCCUUUUUUUGAGAAGUCCACAUUGUUUUGUGAAUUGUAUAGUCCCUCAUUAGUGGGGGUCGGUUGUUGAAGGAUCACUCCCACCUCUUGAGCGCUAUGGAGCACUUACGAACGACAAGUGUCUUCAUUCUGACCAAAAUGUGUAGGGGGGCCAUGGAGCGCCCUGGUGGAAUGGAGGGGUGGCCUGUUGUCUUUAUGUGGGAUGUUGGGAGAGGGGGAGUGUGACCAACGGGACGUUUUCUUUUGGUUUGUUUUGUUUUUUGUUUUUUUGUUUUUCUUUCCUUGCUGCUUUUUUAAUAAAAAGUAUUAAACUGAAUAAUUGCG